AUGAGUGGAGAAGGGAAGAUAGUAUGUGUAACUGGUGGAUCAGGUUACAUAGCUUCGUGGCUUGUCAAAUUCUUGCUUCAAAGUGUUGGGUUUGGGUUCCCUUCCUAUGUGUGUUGCUCAUUGUUACUCCUAAUAGAUUCAUUCAAGUGGGGAAAUUUUUGUUGUGAGGUCAGUUUGUGUUACUUCCCAUCACAAAGUGGUUACACUGUCAAAACUACAGUUCGUGACCCGAAUGAUGCCAAGAAAACUGCACACUUACUUGCACUCGAUGGAGCCAAGGAAAGACUUCAUUUGUUCAAAGCUGAUUUAUUGGAAGAAGGGUCUUUUGACGCUGCUGUUGAGGGCUGUGAAGGUGUUUUCCACUCAGCUUCCCCAGUAACUUUUAUGACCAAUGACCCACAGACAGAACUGGUUGAUCCUGCAGUGAAGGGAACACUUAAUGUUCUUAGAUCUUGUGCAAAAGUGCCUUCCAUCAAGAGAGUGAUUCUAACAUCCUCUUUCGCAUCUCUUCCAUAUAGCGGAAAACCUCUCACCUCAGAUGUGAUAAUUGAUGAUACUUGGUUUUCAGACCCAGCUGUUUGCGAGGAUCGGAAGCUCUGGUAUCAACUAGGAAAAACUUUAGCCGAGCAGGCUGCUUGGAAAUUUGCAGUAGAGAACAAUAUGGACUUGGUUACUAUACAUCCAGUAUUUGUCCUUGGUCCUCUUUUACAGCCAAGUCUUAAUCUAUCUGUGGAGAUGAUUCUAAACCUUGUAAAUGGAGCUGAAGAGUAUCCUGAUGCAUAUUAUAGAUCUGUUGAUGUAAGAGAUGUUGCUUGUGCACAUAUAAGAGCUUUAGAGAUUUCUUCAGCUACUGGAAGAUAUAUAUUAAUUGAAAGAGAUUCUCAUUUCUCUGAGGUUCUGAAGAUUGUUCGACAACAUUACCCUACACUGCGCCUUCCUGAAAAGAGUGGCCCUGGAUUUACUCAUUUAACAAAGUAUGGUGUAUCUAUGGAGAAAGCAAAAACUUUGGGUAUUAACUUCAUUCCUUUGGAGGUGAGUCUCAAGGACACUAUUGAAAGCUUGAAAGAGAAGGGUUUCCUUAGAAUUUGAUUUUACCUUCCAAGGGUUCGCGAUUCCACAGGGGUGAGCUAACUCUAAAAACUCGCCCUCGAUUCGGAUUGCGAUUCCACAGGGGUGAGCUAACUCUAAAAACUCGCCCUCGAUUCG